GUGGAAGGAGGCGGCCGCGCGCCCACGCUGCUCAAAAGCGUCGCCCCAGACGCAUCGACUCAUUCAGGUUCAGCAGAUGAAUACAAGACGGCCGACGACUCAGUCCCACGUCAGAAGGCAAGGAGGUGUUCUCUCACACAGUCUCGAUUCUGAUCGGUUCCGCAGGCAAUCGAUCUGUUUAGUAUCAACAGUCUGGAGAAGGGAGAUGUUUCACUGACGCGUUAUUUCUACUGACAACACGCAUCGCUGUUCACCUUCCACCACCACCACCACCACCUGUCCUCGCUAUUUGGAAGCGACCUUCGUCUUUUCAGUUCCUGUGGUAGAACUGACCGUUUGCAUGAAACUGUUGCCAGAUACGAUCAGUGUGAGCCACUACACCGCCUCUCUGAAGGAGCGCUGGACGUGCACCGGGAGCCCCCCGGAGCUGGACCCCGCCGACCCCCCCUCUAGCCCCGCCCCGCCGGCCACGGCCACGCCCCCCGGGCUGCGGCGCGUCAUGUCGCUGGGCUCCUUCCACCUCAUGCAGACGCUGAAGAACUCCCCGGCCGCGCUGCGCCGCCGCUUCGGCCGCGACCGCACGGAGACGCUGUCCCACGGCGACCCGCUCUUCAAGGUGCACUACCUGGGCACGGAGAAGAUCUUCUCCCUGGACCGCGGGCAGGCGCAGGACGCCAUCGGCCGGCUGCUGGAGGCGGCCGCCAGCGGCAGGAAGCUGGCCAAGGAGCACGCGCUGGUGGUGCGGCCGCGCUACGUGGAGGUGAAGGAGCUGAGCACGGGCCGCCAGCUCACCAAGACCUACCUGCAGGACAUCGCCUACUGCGCCGCCGACGCCACGCGGCCCAACGUCUUCCUCUACAUCUGCAAGCAGCCGGGCCAGCAGCUGCACUGCCGCGUGUUCUGGUGCAGCCGCGCCGAGCGCGCCCGCGACAUGACCGCCUGCCUGGCGCACUCCUUCCAGCGGGCGCUGAGCGACUGGCAGCAGGACGGGCCCGUCCCCGUCCAGCUGCCCCCGGGGCCGGGCGGGGAGGGGCCGAAGGGGGACGAGACGCAAGGCAGCCCCGGCGUCCGGGCCAAGAGCAGCACGCUGCCCCCCAGCCUGGGGAAAGUGCACUGGAGGAAGAGGGGCUCGGUGUCCCGCAGCCCGCUGAGAGCCAUCACCCGGCGGGGGUCCGCCUCGGAGACCUGGAACUGAACCCCGAAGACCCCCUCCCCGAAGACCCCCGCCCAGAAGACCCCCGCCCAGCCACUCACAGCACGGACAGAUUAUAGGGGAUGGAGGGGUGGGUGGGGGGGGGGGGGGGGGGGUUGGAGAAGGACAAACCAACGGACGGACGGACGGACGGACGGAGGGUGUGAUCUGAGGGCUGGCGUUCCAUGUUGGAGUGGGAGCGCUGCUGAAGCUAUGAUUUAUUUUUUGUCUUCACACAAAGUGAACUCUUCCGUCGGGGUCGGGCCCUCGCUGGACCCCACGCGUUCCCUCCGCGCCACAAAAUGGCCGCACCUGAGGUCACAUGACCCCGGCCAGGAACCACCCGCACACGACCGACUUUGAGCCCCUCAGAAACAGGAACCGCCGGUCAGGGCGGCUCGCUGCGAGGGCGUCGGGAGCUGAUAUUUUCCUCCAGACGGACUGUUUGUUUAUCUUCCACAUCGGACGGCUGGACAUGGACUUGCCGACGGUUGAAUGGACGCCUCAGAUCAACAGGGAUACGACAAAAACCACUGGCCUCCGUCAGAACGAUACCACAACGAGACCGCGGGGACGGAGACGGUUUGCUGAACCUUUAUGCUGCCAUGACAACCGGGACAUGCCGGGUUAUAUAUAAAUGUAUAAAUAUCUAUUUUUAUUUAAAUUAUUUUUCAGACAUGACGAUGACAAAGGUGUGUGUGUGUGUGUGUGUGUGUGUGUGUGUGUGUGUGUGUGUGUGUGUGUGUGUGUGUGUGUGUGUGUGUGUGUGUGUGUGUGUGUGUGUGUGUGUGUGUGUGUGUGUGUGUGUGUGUGUGUGCAACAUUCCCCAGUUAAGACAUCGCUCUAGAUAAGUUACCCCAUAACCAAUCGUGACGCACAGAAACACAGAAAUGUUGUCACACCUGUUUCGAGCACUUUUAAUCACUUCAUCGUAAUUCAUUUCCAAAGGCUGCAGCUUUUCAAAAGGCUCAUCCACAAAUAUGCACCAUUAUUCCUUCCUCCAUGUUUGAAUCUCGUUAUCGGAGGAGUUCUGCCUUCCUCUCCAGUUCAUCAGUCAACUCUGCUGUGGUUAACUGGGGCGGACAUAUCGGGUGUUUCUGCUUAGUCACUUUCACACUCAACCCAGUGAAUAUUGAACUCCCUUCAGCCUGUGUGUGUGUGUGUGUGUGUGUGUGUGUGUGUGUGUGUGUGUGUGUGUGUGUGUGUGUGUGUGUGUGUGUGUGUGUGUGUGUGUGUGUGUGUGUGUGUGUGUGUGUGUGUGUGUGUGUGUGUGUGUGUGUGUGUGUGUGUGUGUGUGUGUGUGUGUGUGUGUGUGUGUGUGUGUGUGUGUGGAACACUAGGACCUCACUGUUCCCACGGUUACCUCUGAAUAUUCCUGCAUUCCCAAGGUGGGGGUGAAUGUUGAUCAGGAAUCUUCUGGAAGAUUCUUGUCAGCAUGCACCUUUUUACGGCCUAGAUGGUCUUCAGGACCGCUCCCACCAUGUGUUUGGGGACUGAAGCUAUUCCCAGUACACUCUAGGCCUCCCCAGUAUCUUCUCCAGUAUAGCCUGUGGUGUCUGAAACCCUUGGUGCUAAGAACAAGGGGUUGGUCAACUAAACUGAGCCAACACUGAUGACCCACGCUCUGAAGAGCCAUUCCAUGUAAGUUCGGAGUUGCCUCCUUCAUUUUGUUAACCUUUUUUUUGAAGUCAUAAAAUGUCUUCACAAAGGCUGGCAGAGAAACUCCCGGUAGGAUACUGCGGUUUUUAUUUUAAAUAUAUAUAUUUUUUAAUGCUCCUUACUGACGUUUAUCGCUUUUAUUUUGUAAAUAGUGUGUAUGUCUCACACUUCACAAGUGCCAUCGUUUGAAAUUCUAUUUGAAUGUAAAAAGUACUGUUUUAUACGUCUUAUGUACAUAUUUAAAUAUGUAUUUUAUUGAACAAUAAACUUUUUAUACUUAA